AAAUCGGUAAUUACAAUGAAAAUGACAACCGGAAGUGAAAUAUGUUUACAUUUGCGUAGCAGACAGCAUAUUGAUAUUUAUUUAACGAUUUUGUCAAUUAAAUGUUUAAAUAAUUGUAAAUGAUAACACAAAAUGGUUGAACCAAUAUUUGACUUUCAAUUUAGACUCAUUCUUAUAGGAGACAGCACUGUAGGGAAAUCUUCUUUAUUGAAAUAUUUUACAGAUGGGAAAUUCUCAGAACUCUGUGAUCCAACAGUUGGUGUCGAUUUCUUUGCAAGACUUAUAGAAGUAAAGAAUGGGAUUAGAGUCAAAUUACAACUAUGGGAUACAGCUGGUCAGGAGAGAUUUAGGUCAAUAACAAGAUCAUAUUACAGGAACUCUGUAGGAGUGUUAAUUGUGUUUGACAUUACAAAGAGACAAAGCUUUGAGAAUAUAACAGGAUGGUUAGCCGAGGCGAAAUUUCACAUAGAACCACACCAAGCUGUUUAUAUGAUUGUUGGACAUAAGUCAGAUUGUGAAUCUGAGAGACAAGUGUCUUCUAGAGAAGCCUCACAAUUUGCACAACUAAAUGGACUGAAAUAUAUAGAAACGUCAGCAAAGAAUGGUCAUAAUGUGGAGGAAACAUUCCAGACUUUGGCAAAGGAUGUGUACAAGCUACUGGAAGAGGGCAGGGUUAAAAUGCAAGAAGGAUGGGAUGGUAUAAAACCAGGUUUUAAUCGAGGAGAAGAAACUGUUCAUCACCUUGAUGAGGAAGAGACGGAGAAAAAUAAAUGCUGUUGAACAAUAGAUGUUAUUUGGAACUCAACAGAUAUGGGAUUUUACCAUCUAAUCACAGGGGUACAAACAAAACUUAACCUUUAUAUAGUUUCAUGGUGCAAUACCAUUCACAAUAAAGUGAUCAACAAGUAACGAUUAUUGUCGAAAUAUUUACCAAGUAGUAACUGUAAGGUUUGUUUGUACCCCAGGAUAAGAUGGGAAAAACCCACAUUUACCAAGUUCUCUAGUAUAAUCUCAUUCAUAUGCUGUAUUUUCUAACUGUAAUUUUUGGCUGACACCAGGCUAGAUUUCAGAGCUAAAUCAGAACAGUUAAUUUAUUUGUACACAUUUAAACAAAAUGAUUUCAUAAAAGUGAGUCUGUAGCGUUUACAUUUUAUAGACUCUUCAAUGAAUUCCAAGGAACAUUAAAUUUUGAUAUUUUAGUGCUUUACAGAACUUUUUGAGGUUCAAGUAAUCAAUGAGGAAUAAAAUGUUUUGCUAAAGGCAAAUUAUGCCUCAGGAAGGAAUAAUUCUGUUCUUUAGAAAGUAGAAAGGGCAAGCAUAGGUUAUAUAAUGUUAAAUAAUGGUUAUAGAGCAUGAUAAAGCCUUAUAAAAACACUUGAGAGAAGAGAUCAUAAAAGUAACGAAAUGUAAAUAAUGAAGUGUUUUGACAUAGAUACUAAACACUAAAUGAAAAUAAAUAUGCUAAUUGUCAAAGAAUAGAAGCAAAAGAUUUUUUUCAGGUAAUUGGCCUGUAAAUUACUACCUGGAUAUCAAACAUAAUAAAAAAACACCAGAAACCUUCAUUUUGGGGACAUAAUUGGUCUUUAAGUCUGAUGUUUAUAUGACAUCUAUAUAGCAAAUUAAUUUCAAGUGUUAAGAUAUUUUUAGAAAAAGUUGCUGAAAUAUUCUCUUUUUCAAGUUAUUUAUGAAGUUGAGUGUAUCAUUGCACUAGUCAGUGAUGUGAUGGAGUGCUAAUCAUGUUUUAAGAUGAUUUAACAGUCGUACAGUUUUAACAUAGUAUUGAUCACUUAAUAGGGUAAUUUGUUAAUUGUUGCAAUUAAUUGAUGUAUUUCAUUUUCAUUCUACUGAAUGGAAUAUUUACUUCUAGAGGAAAGAGAUAGUAUACACAGUCUGUGACUGUAAAUAUAUGUGAUUUAUGUGAUUGGAUGCUUAAUUUUCACAGUUAUUUUUCAAAAUUUUUUUACGUAACAUUAGAGAAUUUAUGUAAAUAUUAACAUCUGAUAAAUCAUUUUAAUAUAGGUAUUUAAUGAAAUUUUUAAGUCAUUGUAAAAUCUUAUCUUUCUUGAUUUUUUUUUGCAUCACCAAAUAUGUUACAAGGACUUGUCCAUCUUUCAGUCUGGAAACCCCGAUGUAUCAUUUUUUAACGGUAAAUUUCAAAAUCUGUACUGAUUGAAAAGGCGACCAGUGCUGGUCAGACCCGGUACGAAUGUGAUGGUGAUUUUGGUUUUCACUGGUUGCAUUGGAAUAUUCAGUUGAUGCCAAAAAGAUUAAGGGUUAAUUAAAAUCCCUUGUGUCUUGGAUAGUCAAAAGCUAGCUAACAGAUUUUCCUAAGUGAUACAAGUAUAUACAUAUGUAUAUGUAUGUACUUCAUAUAGUUAAGUGACUGUUAAAUCUUAAAGCAUUGUAGAUUCUAGUCUGUUCAUUGCACUUGCAAAGAUCACCUUCACUCGAAAACUAUGAUUUAAUGUCUUUCAUUUUUGUUUUUAGAAGUUUUACAUAAAUUGGUGUAAAAUAUUUUAACUGAAUUCAUUUACAUUUGGAGUGAGAUUUUGUCAAUCUUUUACAUUAAGUAAUUGUCUUAAGUGUUAUUUGUUGUGAAUUUUUAUUUUAAAACAAAGAGUUGUGGCAUUUGCUUUACUUUAGUACUUUAGGUCAGUUAAUUUGUGUUUGUUAUUUUCUCUGAUUUAUUUCUUUAUAAACGUCUUAAGGUUUAACUUUAAAAAUAGAAAAUCAGUUUCCAGUCAAUAAUGAAAGUGAUAAAUGAUAAUUUAUAUUUCAAUGAAACUUAGUGUAUAGCAAGUUGAUGAAAAUACCUGGCUUAUGAUUGCUUUUGGGCCUUCUGGUUGGUUCAUGGUCAAGGUCACUGUAACUAAAAAUAGAAAAUCAGUUUGUUUUCUUUAUUUAGAGCAUUUGGAACUCAAUGAUGAAGCCUGUAGGUUAAUUACUUUGAAACACUUGCUCCUUACCUCUGUAUUGACUUUGUGUAUAUUUCAUAACUAUCCUGCUAGCUUAUUGAUGGUGAGUGGUUCUAAUGCGGUACCUGAAAUGAUGCAAGUAGAAUACAUAAAAGUCUUCCUCUCUUGGAAAGUUGCCAUAAUAUUGUUGUCACUUUAAACCACUCAAAAAAAAAUAAUGCUUCUUUACUUUCUAGAAAACUUAAUUAUGUGUUCAACAAAAAGAACACCAUCUCUGGGUCAAUAUUGACACUAUAUUUUACUUGAAUAUCUGGUAAGCAGGUGUUAAGAAAGCUAGAGACGUCACACUUUUAUAGACUUUUAAUGAGUCUUAUACCUAAGCUUAUUAUAUAAUUUAGAUAUGAGUUUGGACAAAAUGUAAAUUUCUAAAAUAAUUCUAUAGGAAUAAUGUUUGUCAUUCUAUAGUGUCAUUUAAGCCUCACCAUGCUAAAUAUUAAAAAAUGGAUUUUCCCAUCAUUUAAUCUGGACAAAACUAUUUAUCAUGAUAAGGGAAAUUCUGUAUGGAUUUAAAAAUGUAAAGACUGAAUGACUAUGACAUCUGGUCACUUGGGUAGAAUCAGUUCUCACCAGUUAAUCUAGGGGUUAAAGAUAUUUUUAUUUAGAGUUGUGAAACAUGUCCGCGUAUUUGGUACAUGUGGCAUUUAGUUCAUGUAGCAGUUUUUGCAAAGACAUGUUACCUAUAGUUGUUAAUAUUCUUUGAAUUCUUUUACUUUUGUACCAUUUUUACCAAGUGACAGGGGUUACAAAUUGAUUUGUUUGUCUAUCAAUAUUAUAUUGAUUUUAUGUUCAGAUUUUAUAUUCGGGUUUCUUUAGGGCAAGUCUUAGCCCAUUGGGAAUUUUAUUUUUUUUCUUUAGGGCAAGCCUUAGCCCAUAGGGAAUUUUAUUUUUUUGGAUUCUAAUUGUUUGAAAGUAAUUCUGUUUGAAAGGUUUUUGUGGAAAGAGUGUAUCCCUAUGUGUCACCUAUAUCAAUGUUGAAUCAAAACUUAACAGAUAUCUGGCCAGCUUUGUAGGAAAAAGGACAAGCAGCUUUUAUUAUUUAUGUUUUAUCUUGAUUUUUGUUUUACAUUAUACAUAUUAAACAUUAGUUAUACAGUUACAAUGUAUUUUAAAUUUGUAUACAGAUUUUUUGUUUUUAUCAUAAAGUUAUCAGUUUUAUACAGGUUGAGUGUACCUGAUUUUAUGUUGGUACAUAUUACUUAUAUAUUAACCUUUUGCUAUAAGAUAUAUUAUGGUUUUGCUUACAUAUAAUUUAUAUUAUGUUUAACAUAUAUCCAACUUUACUUAACCUUUAUUGUUAGCUAUUGUACUACUUGUAUUUUGUUAAGAUUUUAUUAAAAUAUUUUUUUGCACCAUUGCUAUUCUUGCUUCCAGGAUUUAAAAUACAGUAAGAUGAAAAAUAUAAUUUAUGAUUCUUUAUAACCAAUAUUGCAAUUUUCAAGACUUUUCAUCUAAACCUGACUUAAUCUUUGUUCAAAAACUUAUACAAAAAGGAAGUGAAGUUUCCACAAGUAAGAGAACUUCCUACUAUCCAUCUGUUAGGAAUGCGGAGGUUAUGUACCAUGGAGGAAACAUAUAAAUGCGUAAAUCUGUUUCAUAUAUUGAGGUAACAUUUAUUAUAUGUAAUUAUGGUUUAUUGUCAAUUGAAGUGAAAGGGACAUAGAAUUAGAUAUAUUAAUAGUUGAAAAUACUGUAUAUUAUACUAUUGAUCAGUGUUAUUUGCAGUGUGUUCUAAUGUACAUGUAACAUCUGUUUUCAGUUUCAAUUAGCAUACUUCAUAAAUUUACAAUAAAUGUGCAAUAAUCUGUACAGGUUACAUACCUUAUACAGCAGUACAUGUAAUAUAUUUGUAGACUUAAAAUGAGUGGUGACAUU